AGUUAUUCUAAAUGACACAUGAACUAACGAACGUUGGUGAAUUUGUUUAACAUCUGUCAACCGUCAAAAUGCGAUAAAUGGAGAUGUCUCGUUCACUAAUUGUGUUAAUUUCGCACAUUUUCAACCCAAAAGUUAUGGAUUAGCUACUAAAAUAUGGGUGCAAAUAUUUCCCAAUUGGAACGAGAUAUUGGUUCAGAACAAUUUCCUUGCAACGAGCACUACUUUGGUUUAGUUAAUUUUGGGAAUACAUGUUACAGCAACUCAGUGCUUCAAGCUUUGUAUUUUUGUAAACCAUUUAGAGAUAAAGUUUUAGAAUAUAAAGCAAAGAAUAAAAGGACUAAAGAGACAUUACUUACAUGUCUCGCAGACCUUUUUCACAGUAUAGCCACCCAGAAAAAAAAAGUAGGAUCUAUAGCACCAAAAAAAUUUAUAGCAAGGCUACGAAAAGAAAAAGAGGAAUUUGAUAACUAUAUGCAGCAGGAUGCACAUGAAUUUUUAAAUUUUCUCAUCAACCACAUUAGUGAAAUUAUACUAGCUGAAAGGCAGCAAAACUCAACUACAAAUAAUGUCAAAUCAAAAGCUUCGGGCGAAAAUGGUACUACCCAUAGUCCGCCCGAGCCAACGUGGGUUCAUGAAAUUUUUCAGGGUAUUUUGACCAGUGAGACGAGAUGUUUGAAUUGCGAGAACGUCAGUAGCAAAGACGAAGACUUUUUCGAUUUGCAAGUAGACAUCGAACAGAAUACUAGCAUAACACAUUGCCUGCGGUGUUUCAGUAAUACCGAAACGUUAUGUAGCGAUAACAAGUUCAAAUGUGAUAACUGCAGCAGUUACCAAGAGGCGCAGAAAUGUAUGCGCGUUAAAAAAUUACCUAUGAUACUAGCAUUACACCUCAAAAGGUUCAAAUAUGUCGAACAGUACAAUAGACAUAUUAAAGUUUCUCACAGAGUGGUCUUUCCUUUAGAACUUAGGUUAUUUAAUACGUCUGAUGAUGCACUGAAUCCAGAUAGACUUUAUGAUCUUGUAGCUGUUGUGAUACAUUGUGGUAGCGGACCUAAUAGAGGACAUUAUAUAAGCAUCGUUAAAAGCCACGGGUUUUGGCUACUUUUUGACGAUGAUCAAGUCGAUAAAAUUGACGCUUCUACGAUAGAAGACUUCUACGGCCUGACAGCAGACACCCAAAAAUCAUCCGAAACUGGUUACAUUCUGUUCUACCAAAGCCGAGAAAGCUUAUGAACUCUAAGAGUGCAUCUCGCCUUAUCGGAAAGGGAGGGCGUUUCCUCUCUCUCUAGAAGUACAAAUAACCCCCUCCCUAUCUCAAUAUCUCUGAUAAUUCCAGUUCAGGCCAGUUCCCGGAGUAUAUUUUUAUCACUUUGAAAUGAAACGCUGUUUUCGCCAGUUGUAUAAAUGGUAAUUGGGUGAAAAAAAAUGACCUUGUGUUUCUUUUUAUAUGUUAUACAUAUAUUAAUAUAUAAAUGACAUUAUCUAAUGUCCUGAAGACAAGUGUUUCUCGGAUUUGUCCGAGAAGCACCUCAAGUAAAUUCUGUAUUAUAGAUAGUAGAUGUUACUUAAAUUGUGCCCUGGGCAUUUUUUUCUUGUUUGCUCUCUUCGUUUAUACAAUUGCGCGAUUAAAUAAUGUCGCAUGACUUGAAAUUCUCUAGGAAAUGGUCCUAGCGAAGAUAAAAGAAUUUUUAGAAUAUCGAAACUUCGAAAUGACAACUUUGACACUUUCUAGUCAUUAUUUAUUACGUUCAAUUCAAACUGCGAUGCAAAAAAAUGAAUCUAUGAAUUUUCAAUGCUCAGAAUUUUUGAUUGAUGAUGUUUCGAUAUUGUACGAAUUAUACCCGAAUAAGUGGUAAAAAAAGUUGUAAAAAGAUCCCUAAGUUAUUUAUUAUGUUUUUAUUAUAUUUAUUUUUUUUAAAAAAAGCAAACUUUUGAGUUGUUAUUUAGAACUGUACUGUGAAAGUUGCACUUGUAUAUUUUUUUAUAUUGUUUUUGUAAUUAUUUUUUUAAGGGAGUCUCGGGAUGUUUUAACAUAUUUUUUUCGAGUUUUUUGUACUACAGUAAACUCUAGAUUAUCCGCGAAAUUAUAAAAAAAAAACAAAUUUACACAAAUAAGCAUUUGAUGAGGUAUACAAAUUUAAUUCUUUAGAAAUUAGGUCAAAAUUUUCUUUAUUUAGUAUUGGAUUUUUCAUCACAAAGUGUUGUGCUAUCCUGUAAAUACGGAAUAAGACAUGAACUAAAGUUGCGUCGUGGCUCACUUUCUUUUAUACCUUAUCUUAUCUCCAUUGCUCUUUUCCAAAUUCAUACCUAACUCUUCUUUUACAAUUUGUUUUCAGGUGUUUGAAGUCUGAAAACAUGAAUAGAAACUUUUUUUUUCUUUUCAGAUUCUACCAAAGAUUUUAUAAGAAUGCUGAUUUUUGAACUGACUUCUAGGUAUUGUUUACGUCGUGAAUUUCAUCCAAAUUAUUUAAAAAACAUAAUCUUCCUUUUUGUCAGUAAUUUCGUUCUGUAUUUCUUUCUUAAUUGAAGCAAUUUGGGAGGUAAAAAUUGUUCCAUCUUCCCAAUUUAAUUAUAGCUAUUCUCCCGGUGUCAAUGAAACAGCUUUCUGUGGUAAACUUUGAGAUUCUAAAUGCUCUCUAACUUUAGGAUUGAAUUUCCAACCAUUUCUUAAAUAAAUAAAUUUGGUUCGUCCAUCUUUCAAUUUACAUGGUAGGUUCUCAGCUCAUGUUCCCUCGAAUGAUAUCGUUUAUGAGUUAGUCAUCAUUGUUAGACUUAUACCCCGGAGUUUGAUUUUCUCUUUGAAAGUUGCAAACAUUUCCAGAACAAUUAUGAUUUUAUCAACGUUGUACACUUAUUUGUUAGAAAUUCAAUCAGAUUGAAGAAAUUGUUUAAAAUAAUCUUUUAAAUGUUCAAUAGCUUGAUUUCUCGCCGUAAAGACCAAUUUCUCUCAUGGCGUUUGUUAAAUUUUGUCAGCCAUCCUGCAAAAUUGAUUUUCUUUUGCAUCAAGAAAAGGUCAUUUUGAAAAAGGAAAAUUGGUGAAAGUUAUGAGAAACAAAGAAGGAUAAAGAAGGGGAAGGGGUUGAGAUUAAUAAUUAAAAUUUUAUGAAAUUCAUUCAUUGAAUUGAGAAUUAGAGUAAGAAGAAUUUGGAAUCGCAGUUAAUCGAGAGUUUAAUAUAAAUGAAUUGAUGUUAACUUAAUUAUUAGAUCAGGGUAGAAACUUUCAAAAUGAUAAGAAGUAAAGAAAAUAAUAGUAGGAUGAAAACUAUCGGAAAAGGAGUGGAAUAUAAUAAAAAGGAGGGACAAAAUUAUUUGGGUAAUAAUAAAAUAUGAGAAUAAAAACUGAAAACUUGGUUAUUUCAUUUUUCACAUCAAUUUUGAGGUUAUGUGAAUAAAGUGUAGAUUUUUUUAUUAUCUACAACAUUGUCAUUAAAGUUUUUUUCAUGGAUCUCAAGAUAAACCUUUUUUUGGCCUUAAAAGUCACCCUUUUUCCCGUACCGACCUCAGUUCGCCCGUAAAUUAUUUUUCCUUUCGUUUUUAUUACAUUCUCCUCUUUUUUCCAAUGCGUUUCAUACUAUUAUUAUUUUUUUUUUGGUUUCAAAAAUUAUCGACCCUGGUCUAUAUAUCAAAUUUGAUAACAAUAAACACGUUAAUGAUCAAUAUAAACUCUUCGGGCUUUAGAUAUCAAAUUUUUACAAAUGUCAUUUCUUAAUUCCAAUACUAUUUAAUAUUUAAACUCAUCCAAAUACAAAAUUAUUUUUAUUUUUGGGUAAUUUUCAUCAACUACUGCUUAAAAUUAAUUGACAUUAACUGUUACAAUCUCUUCUUUCUAUGGGUGUACUCUACGGAUAUAAAUCUUCUUCUGUGUAGUUUCUGGUGUGUUCUUCAAGCCCAAAUGUAAUUGAUUGAAAAUGACUGUAAUUAGAAUAAUAUCCUCUCCUCUCCUUGGAAGGACUUUUCUCCUAAAGUAAUAAUAUUUUGAUGAGAUCUUGUAAAGGAGUUCCAUCUAUAUAAAGAAGGAUGAGAGGUUUCAAAAAGUAGUUUCAUCGAUACAUUUGACAAAACGAAAGGUGAAAAUUUGUACUCGAAGCCAUUACCGUGUUUGAUGUUAUCAAAAAAUUCAAUUAUAUUGUGCCAUAUAAGAUUAUUGUGAGAAAUUAAACUGGCAUAUUGUUUUUAGUA